ACCUUCGUCUGUUUCGAUAAUACCAGUUUCUUUGGUCCACCAUAUAUUUUCAGCCGCCAGAUUCCAACAAUUUACCAUUUCUGCCACUCUCUCUCUCCCAUUCCCCGUGAAUCCCCUCGCAAGACGUCUCCGAUGGAGCCGGCGCAACCGUCGCCGGAACCUGAUGUUCCUUCCGGAGAGGACUUUGUUCACAUCGAUGAUCCCAGGCCUGACGCCGAUGUUUCGUUGAGCGACAGCAUAGUGAAUGUGGAGAAGGAGGAGCUGCUACAGGAGGCGGAGGAAGAGAAAGGCGAAGACAGCGACGGAGACUCAUCUUCCUCGUCCUCCUCCUCCGAUUCCGGGAUUAGUGGUGGCGAUGCUCUUGGUGUUGGUGGUGGCGAUGAUAUCGCCGGCGGAGUCGAUGAUGGAGGCGAGCGUCGAUCGCAGGCGGAGAAGGUGGAGUUGCCGGAAGAACUGGCGAGGAGCGUCAUGGUUUUAACAUGUGAGUCCACGGCGGAGGGCGGAUCUUGUGAUGUCUACUUGGUUGGGACUGCUCAUGUAUCGCAGGAUUCCUGCCGAGAAGUUGAAGCGGUAGUCAGACUCUUGAAACCGCAGGUCGUUUUCUUGGAAUUGUGUUCAAGCCGAUUGUCUAUUCUCAAACCACAAACUUUGAAGGUUCCAACCAUGGCAGAAAUGAUAGAUAUGUGGAAGAAGAAACACAACGCUUUUGGAAUAAUGUACAGCUGGUUUCUUGCAAAGAUCGCCAGUACACUUGAGGUUUUUCCUGGUGCGGAGUUCCGUGUGGCAUUUGAAGAGGCUGUGAAAUACGGGGGGAAGGUGGUACUCGGUGAUCGUCCAGUGCAGAUCACAGUAAGAAGAACGUGGGCUAUGAUGCCUCUUUGGCACAAGGCAAAAUUUGUGUAUUCCUUGGUGUUUCAAGCUAUGUUCUUACCGAGUCCUGAGGAACUUAACAAGUUGCUGAAAGUCAUGGAUGAUGUGGAUAUGCUUACUCUUGUAAUUCAAGAAAUGAGCAAGGAAUUUCCGUCUCUCAUGGAUACGCUUGUGCGUGAGCGUGACCAGUACAUGGCCUCGAGUUUGCUGAAAGUUGCUAGUGAGCACAGCUCGGUUGUGGCGGUUGUUGGCAAGGGACAUUUGCAAGGAAUCAAAGAGAACUGGAAACAACCUAUAACGAUGAAGGAUCUGAUGGAGAUACCAAAGCAGAAACCAUUUUUUACAGCAAAGAAGAUUCUGACAUCUCUUGCCGUGGCUGUUGCCGGAACCGCCAUAGUUUCCGGCAUUUACCUUGCAAGCAAAAGGUAGAGAGAGAGGGACUGAAGUUUCCAAUGAGUGGACAAACUUGACAGAGUCGUCAAAGAGAGGCAAAUACACCAAAGGAUGAUAACAAACGCGGUUAGUUUUUUCAGUUCUGUGAACUCUUCUUAGAUGUUGCACCUCCGUUAUUCCAUAUAGCACUGUUUACUACUUUCAUACAACACAAUACAGAAAACGAACGUGACCAGUCAA